AUACAAAAGAUGUUGAUUUGAUGAUUAUAUUCCAUCCACGACAAGUAUAACAAACCAUCUUUUCUCUCAUGUAUUUCUCGUCGCUUCUCUCUCACUCUUCUUCGAGCUUUGAGCUCUGAGCGUCUUCUUGUUGUUUUGUUUUGCUCGUUUCUCCUAUUAUAUUCUCUUUUUCGCUUCAUGUGCUCCGAAUUCGAACAAGUUUCCUUCGUGGGUAUGUCGAAUUCAUCAGAACUCUUUCUUGUUGACAAUGACCCUGAGGUGAAUGAAUUAGAAAUUCUUCUAAGAUCUACGUCGGAAUUCUCAGACGAUGGCCGCCUAAUUACCACUUCAGAAGUUCAUCAACUUCAUCGACAAGGAGAACAAAAUGAGCAACGACAACAACAACAUGACGAGAAGGAAGAUAAAGACCAGAGUGUAGCUUCUUCUGAGGAUCUCAAACUGCCAUUGCUAGGAGAAGGAGAAUUCACGGGGGACGACGACGAUGACGGGUUCCGGACCCCGACGUCUUUAGAUCAUAAAAUUCCUGUGAUCCUACAAUGUCCACCUGCACCGAGGAAGAUAAUAUCAAUCCCAUCGAAAAAACGAAAAGCAUCUUCAACACGCCGACAACUCCUGCUCAAUCUGUCCGAUGAGAUCGAAUCACUGUUUCCACCAGCCUUGUUCGCCGAUCAUGGCCGUAAGAUGAAGAAAGUCCGAGGCAACGAUGCCAAGUGAUCAUAUAUAAAUUGUAUGUGUAUUUGGAUAAGCCAAUUCACCAGUUGUGUCACUUUGUAGGAAAUUUCCACCCAGAACCUGAGCGUUGUCCAUAUAUGCACAUGUCAGUGAUAACGAUGAUCGAUCGAUGUUCCGCGCGCGCGGACUACUGCUGUUAAUUUGUUCAUGAUGAUGAUCUUCUUCACUAGUCGAUCUGUGCAUUAUUUUUCGGGUUGAGAUCUUUGUUGGGCAUUAGCCCAAUACCCAGAUCUAUUUCUGUAAAGUUGUAAAAGAUCCAAUCUGAAGGUACAGACACCAUGGAAAAGGUGAAGAUGGCAUUCCUACUUUACUGCAGCAUUAACUUUUGUAAUCAAGGUGUUUCGUUGUUCUAAAGAUAAAGAUCUAGCUAGCUGUGUAGAAGAGAAUCUAGUUCUCGAUCGAAGCUAAGAUUGAAUGGAGUGGAGGUUUAGUUAAGCUGAUCAGA